AUGUUGAGCCCUAUAUAUUCUCUGUGGAACAUUGGACAUCCCUUAUAUGCCUACAGCUCUAUCUUCAUCAUCAUCCUCAUUAUCUGGCAAGUGAAACGACGUUACCACAGAUUGAGGCUUGAACCCAAAAAGAGCUGCUGCCGGCGUCACCAAAAAGUCAGGCAAAGGGCUAGAGAUGCAGCAUCGAGAGCUAGGAGACUUUCCCAAGAAGAAGCUGACAAGCCAUGGGAGCUGCUCUCCAUCAUGAAAAGCCAAAGCUGGCUCCCAAAGGACAGACACGUGCGGCAGCUCCUGUGUGCAGACCCCUGCUGCAGAACAUGCAAUACUGCACUGCUGGAGAUUCAGCAACUGCUGGAGGGUGAGAGCAAACAGAUCUCCCCCACCUCCCCAGAGCUCCCCCAGGACUCUUCUUGCCUAGAGAUGUCCAUAUCAAGUCUGUCUUUUGAGCAGCAUGUGGAACAUUGUCCCAGGUACUCCACAGACAUUUCAUGGGCACCUGUAGCCCCAACUCUGACACAACUAUCAGAAUACAUAACCCAGUCAACCAGUGCAGUCAGCAUUCAAGAGUACUGGGCGGAUCACCUCCAAGUAGGACAGGAAUUUCAACUGGCAGCCAUGCCGACGGUCCCAGAGACUGUGGCUUCUUCAAGACCCGAGGAGCCUAUGGUUCCACAGGAUAAGCAGGAGAAGACACAGAGCAAGCCCAAACUUGUCCAGGAAAACCAAGAUAGCUGUCACUUGAAGUCCUCCAUCUCUAUACUGUCCCUGAACUCAGAGAUCACUAACUUGUCACGUACUGCAGCCUCACAGAUGGACUCAGUCCUCCCUGCCUACUUAUCAUUCCUUAGUCCUAAAGUCCGUAGGCUACUUGAAGCACAUGUCAAAAAAUGGAUACAUUUUCAGAAAUGGGGGCUCCCUAGACGUGUGGAGGAUUCCUUGAGGCAAUUUAUGCCAGACCCAAUGUUAUUUGGCCAAUUUAGAAACAAACAACUCUCCUCUACUCUGAAUAAUCUUUCAGAUGUCACUACUGACAAAAUUGGGACCAUUUCUCACCAGACCAGGAGUUCAUGUUUGGCUGGCCAGCCCACCAAGACCCGCUGGGUUUAUGAAUGGUCUGUUAUAGAUAUAGAUCAAAGAAAUCACUACCAUCAAAAACAAAACCUUAAGGCACUAACCUUGACCUCUCAAGAAGUUGAACACCUAAGUGGUAUUUAUUCACUACCUGGAGGACAGAUUAAUGACUCAGAAAUCAACAUGCAGGAGAAAUACAGUCAGCUAUUCUGUGGCCUCCCUUCUCUGCACAGUGAAUCCUUGGUUGCCACUUUCUUGGGCUCUGAAGGGCUCUCCAACAAUAAAUAUAUGUCGAAGCUCUCCUUGAAAGAUCCAGAUCUCCUGCAAGAGCUCUCUCACAUUCCUUUGAUGCCAAAAACUCCACCCAAGUCAGUCUCGUCCUCUUCCCUAGCAUCUCCAAAUGGCAAGACUCCACAUGAGCAUGAAGAACCUCAGACUGGUGUCCCCUUUCUGACUCUGGCUGAGCGUGAAGCACUGGAAAGCCACCUCCUCCACAGGCAGCUCCAACUUCAGUGGGGCCUUCCAGCCAUCUUCCUGAGAGCUCAGCGCAUCCAGAGCCACACACAAUAUGAGGCAUGUGACAAAGUCCAGCUACCUGACAGUACGAAAAUUUUCUGGCCAGGAAAACCUUUCUCAGAUCUCAACAGAAAACUCUUCUUCCCCGAGCCUGCCCGCAGACAGCUGGAAUUCCACCUCCAGAGGCAGUUAAUCCACCUCCGCUGGGGCCUGCCCCAGAGGAUCCAGCAGUCCAUCCAGCUGUUCCUGUCCUCCACUGACCAGCAGCCCCUGUGGAGCUGCACAGCCCUUCCCAGUGCAGGCACCCCGCAGCCUGAAGAACGGCAGGCUAAUGGGACUGGUGACCUGUACUCAGCCAUAGUGGACAAAGGGCCAAUUCCUGUACCACAUUUGUUUGCCCAAGUCAAAGAAAUAUUGCGAAGCCACAUCAACUCCAAAUGUGGACAGAUCCACCAAAACAAGCUCCCUACCUAUGUCCAGAGCUCGGGGGAAUGCAAAAUUCCUGGUGACCUGGAAGGAACUCCCUACAUUCCACAAAACCAGUCCCUGGAACUACAGGCAGCAAAUGACCAUGACCUACAUCAUGAACUUGUGCCUUGGACGCCAACAGCCCCUGGCCGUGAGCAAGAGGCCUCACCAGGCGCGGUGGCCGAACACUGCAAGCGGCCGCAAGCCCUGCCCGAGGAAACCGUCGAGAAGCUGGAGACGGCUCUGCGGCACAAGUACCUCACCUUCCUGUCAGGCCUGCCUGCUCUGUACGGCGCGGCUCUCUCGGGGGCCUCGUCCCCGGAAGCGGCCGCGGGCCAGCCCGAGAUGGCGGACGCGGCGCCCGGCCCUGCGCGAGUCCCAGCGGCGCCCCUCACGCGGCCGAGCUCUCCCGAGGACCCGCGGGAGCCGCCCGACCCCGAGGAGGAGCCGCAGCCCGGGGCGCAGGCCGGAGAGAGCGGGCAGGCGCCUGCGGAGAGCCGGACGCGUCCCGCCUGCGCCCCGGCACUCACCACGCCCGUCCUGACCACGCUGAACUUCCACGUGAAAAGAAAGGUCCCAGCAAUACAACCAGGAGCCUCUGAGCGGGAGAGGGAGGUCGAGGACCCAACAACAGCGGAGGCCACAUCCGCGUCCCCUGGAAGUCCCAACGACCAAGGAGAAAUGGUGCUUCAGAAGCCACCAGUCCCACCGGACUUUCUUCCUGCCCUGGACGCAAAAUGGGUCCACUUCAAAGAACAGCUGAACAAUGAGUUGAAGGCAGUGUACAGUAACCAGAAGCAGCUUACUGCCGAAACAAUGCCGGAUGGUUCUGCCCGCUGGGCCUCCAAACAGCUCAGCAGAGACAUGGCUGAGGCCCAGGUGCUUUGUGUUCAGGUAGAAGCCGGUAGGAACAGCCCCAACCUACAGGAACCUUGGGCUGCAGAGCCGCAAGGCCCUGGCAAGCACAAGGACUCAGCCCAUGGCCCCAGGCUAGCAGAAAGGAGCAGGGCCCCAGAGAAACCCAAAGGAGCAGGAGACCUCGGGGAAGGGGAUGCAGGGCUCAGGCUCCUCCCGACCACAGGGGAAAGACCUCGUGCUGGAGCUCAGAUGUCAGACAAAACACUUCUGAGCAGGACGCCCCACAGUUCCUGGCAACAGAAGCACGGCUUCUACUUUGUGGAUCCCUGUCCAGAUGGGCCCCAGCAGACCCCUCAGCUUCAGCUGCCACAGCCACCUCCGGGAGGCCCUGGGGGCCAAGGAUCUGCACAUGACAUGAAUGACAGCCAAACCGAGCUUAACGUCAUCCUGGAACCUGCCAGGAUUCCCGAGAAUGCCCUGCCCGCAGUGCCCCAGGCUUCCAAGGGCCACCCUUUCUUUGGCCAUCCAACUCAAGGGAAGCUUUUGCAGAGCCAAACUGGGCAAGGUCGAGUCUUGCAAAGAUCAGUGAUGCCAGCCAUUCCACCCAAAAGGCCCAGCCUUCCAGAGUCUGCCUGGCGAGAGAGGAUGAAAUCCUUCCUGCACUCUAUUAACCUCAGGACGAAAGGCAAAGGCCCUGUGGAAUCCACCACCUCCACAGCUGCGAAAGUGGCCAGAACCAGAAAAGAAAAUGUUGACAAGAGCCCGGCCCCAACCAGAAAAGAAAAUGUUGACAAGAGCCCGGCCCCAGCCAAAAGCCUCGCGGAGAACACUAAGCCAGAGAAACCAAGAGGGCCCAAGGGCCAAACUGCCCCCACUGAGAAGCCAGUGGGCCCAGCCUUCCUAACUGGCACCCAGUCCUCAAACAAUGAGAUCCGGCUAAGAUCUCGACAAGGCGGCUUGGCCUCAGUCCCAGGGUACCCCCGCCAUUGUCCUCGGCACUGUCCUCGAAUGGCUUGUGGUACUCGGCUGGGGAGCCCACCCUAA